AUUCGGUAAAAAAAAAAAAAAGACUUGUUUUCAACCCAAGGAAAUGAACAAUGCACCCGUGAUCGUCUUAGACAACAAUCCAACGAAGUCCCCAUUAGAGAACAGACGCGCUGUUUUCAUUUGUCCUAACAGAAAUGGACGGAUUUUUCGCAAGACGCUUUUCCUUCAAGAACGCAGUAUUCUGUUGUUUCAUCUUGUGCAAGUCAGCUGCCAGCCUGGAGAAGACGUACUCACACGCCGAGGAGCAGCUCUUCAGGGACAUCUUCGUCGGCUACAACAAGUGGUCUCGGCCCGUGCCCAACAUUUCUGACGUGGUGAUUGUCAAGUUCGGCCUGUCCAUAGCGCAGCUCAUCGAUGUGGAUGAGAAGAACCAAAUGAUGACGACCAACGUGUGGCUCAAACAGGAGUGGAACGAUUACAAGCUACGAUGGAACCCGGCCAACUACAACAAUGUCACCUCAAUCCGGGUGCCCUCUGAGAUGAUUUGGGUGCCGGAUAUCGUGCUGUAUAACAAUGCCGAUGGGGAGUUUGCAGUGACCCACAUGACUAAAGCCCACCUCUUCUACAAUGGUAAGGUGCAGUGGGUGCCCCCCGCCAUUUACAAGAGCUCCUGCAGCAUCGAUGUGACCUUCUUUCCAUUUGACCAGCAAAACUGCAAGAUGAAGUUUGGCUCCUGGACUUACGACAAGGCCAAGAUCGAUUUGGAGCGCAUCGAGAAGAACGUGGACCUGAAAGACUACUGGGAGAGCGGCGAGUGGGCCAUAAUCAACGCAGUGGGCACCUACAACACCAAGAAGUAUGACUGCUGCCACGAGAUCUACCCUGACAUCACCUACUUCUUCAUCAUCCGCCGACUGCCCCUCUUCUACACCAUCAACCUCAUCAUCCCCUGUCUGCUCAUCUCCUGCCUCACCGUGCUGGUCUUCUAUCUGCCAUCCGACUGCGGCGAGAAGAUCACGUUGUGUAUCUCUGUGCUGCUCUCCCUCACCGUCUUCCUGCUCCUCAUCACCGAGAUCAUCCCGUCCACAUCUCUGGUGAUCCCCUUGAUCGGCGAGUACCUGCUCUUUACGAUGAUCUUCGUCACGCUGUCCAUCGUCAUCACCGUCUUUGUGCUCAACGUUCACCACCGCUCCCCCAGCACGCACAAGAUGCCCCGGUGGGUGCGCACCGUCUUCCUGGACUUCAUUCCUCGCUGGCUCUUCAUGAAGCGUCCCGCACCGGAUGAGAAGGACCAUCAUUUCCUUCAGCCGUCCCACCAGUGCCAUUACGGAGAGGGCAACAUCAGCACCUCCAAGUACUGGCUGGAAACGGACGUGGACCACAAAUACGACGAUGCGGAGCUGGGCAUGCCCUCCUUCUCUUCCCUGACGAUGACCUCAAACUGCCUCGGGCUGGGGGGCCGCUCACCUCUGGAGCACAGCCUCCAUCAUCGCCUGGAAGGCCAAAGUCGCUAUGUCAGCAGCAGGGUCAACCCCAGUCCUCUACGGCCGCCGAAAAUCGACAACCUGAUGUCCGACUCGGGCUGCUCCAUCUCACCCAGCAUCCUCCGGGCCCUAGAUGGCGUCCACUACAUUGCGGACCACCUCCGGGCUGAGGACACGGAUUUUUCGGUGAAGGAGGACUGGAAGUACGUUGCCAUGGUGAUUGACCGGAUAUUCCUCUGGAUGUUUGUCAUCGUGUGCCUCUUGGGGACGAUUGGCCUCUUCCUGCCCCCGUGGCUAGCAGGCAUGAUCUAGUGGACUCCAAAUCUCCGGCUCGUCACCCUCCAAAAGUGGAAGGACCAGAAUGUAAAACGCUGCCAUCGAUGCGCAGGACACUUGGCCAGACUUUGCUCUUUUUCCAGAUCCAAUGAUAAAAACCACAAUAAAAA